AUGGCUGAGCUAGAGAAGAAACUGGCCUCCAAACUGCUCAAGAAUAAGGACUUGGAGAAAUGCUGUGAAGAUUUGGUCAAGGAACUGUUUAAAGCACAGGAUGCAGAGAGAAUGGCAAGCAAAAAUUUUGCCAGAGCAGAAGAAAUUGCUAACCUGAAAAAUGAAAAUCGAAAUCUUCACGACUAUCUUGAAGGUCUUGGUCAAAACGUGGGAUUUUCCUACAGUGGGAAAAAAUUACAGAGACUGGAGAUCGCCAACAAAGAAGGAAACCAAGGAACUGAAAAGCAAAUGUGGAGAAAGUUCUAUGGUUUGCCAAGACAUUUGGAUUGGACUUGCAAAACGUAA